AAAUAAAUUGUAAAGUGGAACAUUCAUGCAAGUGCUGCUUAAAUUUCUACUUUCUAACAUAUACUAUGCACACUAAAAAAUCAUUAACAAAUCUCCUAACUGAAAUUAAAUAAUUGAUACAAUGAAAAAGCAAAUGCAGAAUGUAUCAACAAUAAUUAUCUGCUCGUUGCUGCUAUUGAUUGAUAGUGAAAUUGGAAAUUAUUACCGAUUUGUCGAGGGAGCACAACGGACCAUUCAAGUUUCCGACGAUCUAGACGACGUCGUUGACGAUGAAGAAGACGAGGCUUGGAGAGAAUGGGGAAGGACGAAAUCGACUAGCUCCGAUUUCGAUCCACCGCCGACGGAUUUUGGUACGAUGAGUCCGUCGGAAAUUCAAGUGGAAAUGAUGAAGCGGCAGCUGGGUCCGGUUUUUGGGUUUGUUAAACUCCGACUUGGAACUCGUCGGACUCAGGAGAAAGUUUCUGAAAUAGCGAUGAGAUGGACCAAACUAGCAAGAACUGGAGCAAUUGAGGCAAAGUUCAUGAGUGUUGAUGUGAGCACAAUCAUGUUUACUAUGGAGAAAGGUCAAGACUCUAUAGAGUUGAAAGAGUUUUUGUUGGACCAACCAGAAGCAUAUGAGAUUAAACUAGGGGACCAACUUUUUCGAAGACCAGGAGAUCCUCCUUUUGAAGAAGUAUUUGAGAAGAUUCAGAGGGAGAAAAGCAAAGUCGAUCAUACCAGCUCAAAGAAGAAUAGGCAUAAUGAGUUGUAAUCACCAGAAAAGAAAUCUUGACAACUAAUUUUGUUCACUUAUAACAUGUAUUAUCAGGAGGGUAGAUGUAAAUGGCUGGCAUCUUACAUGUUCUUUUUUCGACACACACUUGACACUCUGCUUACAAGCUAUGCAUCCAAAUAACCAGUUAAUUCUUCUGAUGUUCGAUCAUUUAACAUCUUGUACUGGGAAAUAUCUUUGUCUGAGUAAUGGCGCUUCUAAGGGAA